GAUUUUGAUAUCAAAACAAAGAUAUGCUUUCAGGGAGGGGAGGAAUAAUUUGAUCUUAUUAUUAUUGAUUUUAAUUUAAUUAUAAAUUAAUAAAAGUUCUUGCUUGUAUGAAAAUGGGUAUACCUAGUUGCGUCAUGGUGAUGGGGCUGCUAUGGCUGUUGGGUGCGAGCACAGUGGCGGCGGGAGGUGGCAACGGCGGCAAAAGCGUGACGUACGAUCAACGGUCGUUAAUCAUCGGCGGGAGCAGAGAUAUCUUCUUCUCCGGCUCGAUUCAUUACCCUCGCCUGCCGCCGGAAAUGUGGCCGGACAUCUUAAAAAAAGCUAAGGAGGGUGGUCUGAAUGUCAUCCAGACAUAUGUCUUUUGGAACAUUCAUGAACCUAUUCAAGGCCAAUUCAACUUUGAAGGCAACUAUGACGUGGUGAAAUUCAUUAAGAUGAUUGGUGACAUGGGCAUGUACGUAACCCUCAGGAUAGGACCAUACCUCGAGGCCGAAUGGAACAUGGGAGGAUUCCCAUACUGGUUGCGAGAGGUACCCAACAUCACAUUCCGUUCGUACAAUGAGCCAUACAUGUUUCACAUGAAGAAGUACUCGGAGAUGGUAGUAAACAUGAUGAAAAAGGAAAAUUUAUUUGCACCCCAAGGAGGCCCCAUCAUUUUGGCCCAGAUUGAAAAUGAGUACAGCAAUGUGCAAGCUGCAUAUAGGGAACAAGGGAAAAAGUAUAUUAACUGGGCAGCAGAUAUGGCUGUUGGUCUCUACAAUGAAAUUCCCUGGAUCAUGUGCAAACAAAAGGAAGCCCCCCCUGCUGUGAUCAACACUUGCAAUGGAAGACACUGCGCAGAUACAUUCCAAGGCCCAAAUGGUCCAAACAAGCCUUCUUUGUGGACAGAAAACUGGACAGCUCAAUACAGAACGUUUGGAGACCCUCCCUCCCAAAGAGCAGCCGAAGAUAUCGCCUUUUCUGUCGCUCGCUUCUUCGCCAAGAAUGGAACUUACGUUAACUACUACAUGUACUAUGGUGGGACGAACUUCGGACGAACAGCUUCUUCGUUUGUUUCAACUCGCUACUACGACGAAGGUCCUCUAGACGAAUACGGUUUGUUUAGGGAGCCAAAGUGGAGUCACCUAAGAGACGUUCAUAGAGCAUUGAGGUUGGCAAAGAAGGCUUUGCUUUGGGGAACUCAGUCCGUACAAAAGGUGAGCACUGAUUUGGAGAUCACAGUUUACGAGAACACAAACCUCAAAGUGUGUGUGGCGUUCUUGACCAAUAACCACACCACAAAGCCAAACAACAUCAACUUCAGGGGGAAAGACUAUUUCCUUCCUGAGAAGUCUGUUAGCAUUCUUCCAGACUGCAAGACUGUCGUUUUCAACACUGAGUCUGUCGUUUCGCAACAUAAUGCAAGAAACUUUCAUCCUUCCAAGAUCGCAAGUAACCUUAGGUGGGAGAUGUACAAAGAAAACAUUCCCACAGUGGAUAACUUAUCACAUAAGAGCCAGACACCGCUCGAACUUUAUACCCUCACAAAAGACACCACAGAUUAUGCCUGGUAUAGCACGAGAAUUGAAUUCAAUCGGCGUGACUUGCCAAUGAGGUCCGACAUCCUUCCAGUCCUCCAGGUUGCCAGUCUAGGUCAUGCUUUGCUUGCAUUUGUAAACGGAGAAUAUGUUGGAUUCAAGCAUGGGAAUAACAUUGAGAAGAGCUUUGUGUUCCGAAAGCCAGUUCAAUUGAAGCCUGGAACUAAUGACAUCACAUUCUUGGGCCAGCUUGUUGGAUUCCCUAAUAGUGGCGCCUACAUGGAGAAGAGGUUUGCUGGACCAAGAGCUGUGACCCUCCAGGGUUUGAUGUCUGGAACCCUCGAUAUCACAAUGAACAGCUGGGCACACUCGGCCGGGAUUUCCGGAGAGAAACUGCAAAUAUACUCAGAAGAUGGCGUCGAUAAAGUGCGGUGGUCUCCGCUCACUAAUGAUGCACACGGACCCAUGACUUGGUACAAGACAUACUUUGAUGCUCCGGAAGGGAAAAAACCUGUAGCUCUCAGAUUGAGCAAAAUGUCAAAGGGUAUGAUUUGGAUCAACGGCAGAAGCAUUGGUCGCUAUUGGGUUUCUUUCCUAUCCCCUCUCAAACAGCCAACUCAAUCGGAGUAUCAUGUACCAAGAGCAUUUUUGAAGCCAAAGAACAACCUGAUGGUGGUGCUGGAGGAGACCGGAGGAGAUCCGGAGAGCAUAGAGGUGGUGACGGUGAACAGAGAUACCAUCUGCAGCUACGUGUCCGAUCAUUUCCCCCCGCACGUCAAGUCGUGGGAACGGAAAGGCGACGAGUUCCGGCAGAUCAGCGAAGACGAUUUGAAACCUGCUGCCCGGCUCACCUGCCCGGAUGACAAGAUCAUCAAGAAGAUCGAUUUCGCCAGCUACGGUGACACGCUCGGCGCGUGUGGGAACUUUGCUGUCGGGAACUGCACCGCUCCCAACAGUGUGAAAGUGGUGGAGAAGGCGUGUUUGGGGAAGAACCACUGCCGAGUUCCGGUGGAGAAGAGUUUGUUCGAGGAUUCUUCUUCUUCAUCGUGUUCUGCCCUUGGUUUCAGGACUCUGGCCAUCCAAGCAAGAUGCAGCCGCCAGGGUAAGGAUAAUGAGUAAUUACUUGGGCACACUAAAUCUAAGCACCGCCAGAUCAGAUGCUUCUGCUCCUCUUGCUGCUGCUUUUCUUUUUGUUUAGACAUUACUGACUUAUAAGCAACUUUUUCCAUAUUUGGUGUACCUAGCUAGUUUUUUUGGUGCGUGGGAAAGAGAUUUCCUGUACGUAGAUGGUUGAAAUAAACGUGUACCAGUCCAAGAUACAGUAGUUAGAGAGACACACGAUAAUUGAUUUGGUUGAUGUAUAAGAAAAAACAGUUCAGUUCAAUAAGUCCUUUUGCUUCUCAUAGUUCAACAAAUGAAUGAGCA